GUAUGCACAGAGUACCAGAGAGCAGUAUCAUUUCAUCCACUGGAUAAGACUAGAAACAUAUCCUUUAGAGAUUUACCUGCAAAAGAGCAUCACAUUUAAAAAAGUACAAUGGACUUCUGCUCUGCAUCACAGCAAGCCAGAAGCCCCAGCUCAUGGAUCACCCUCUUCCUCCUGUACUCAAUUGUCACCAUGUGCAGUAGAGUAGAGGGCUGGUCCUACCAUCACUCCAACAAAACUAUGAACUGGGACACUGCUAGAAAGUGGUGCACGGAGCACUACACUGACAUGGUGGCCAUCCAGAACCGUGGAGAGAUCUCCCACCUUAACAGCAUCCUGCCCAGGCAGACCAACUAUUACUGGAUAGGGAUCCGUAAGGUGGACGACGUGUGGACCUGGGUGGGGACCAAUAAGACCCUGACUAAAGAGGCAGARAACUGGGCAGAYGGAGAACCCAACAACGGGGGGAACAACGAGGACUGUGUGGAGAUGUACAUCAAGAGAGRGAAGGACACAGGGAAGUGGAACGACGAGACRUGUAUGAAGAAGAARACGGCUCUGUGCUUCACAGCCUCGUGUCAGAGCGACUCAUGUUACCAUGGAGAGUGUGUGGAGACCAUCAACAGCCACCRCUGUAAAUGCUUUGAGGGCUUCUACGGAGAGCAGUGUGAACACGUUGUUGAAUGUAAGAUGGAGGAGGUCACUGUCCCUGCUAAAGSCAGUGUCAGUUGCUCUCACCCCAAUGGGAAUUUCUCCUUUGACUCGACGUGUCAGUAUUCCUGUGAAGAGGGGUACCGACUGAGCAGCUCCGGGCCUGUGAGAUGCACAGCCUCAGAAUCAUGGUCGGAACAGCCUCCCACCUGUGAAUUGGUCUUAUGCAGUGAGCUGUAUGAACCWGKGAAGGGUUCCAUGGCCUGCUCCCAUCCCCUGGGCUCCUUCAGCUACCUGUCCACCUGUASCUUUACCUGUGAGGAGGGCUAUGAGAGGCUGGCCUCCAGCUCUGCUACCCUGCAGUGUGGAGCCUCGGGACAGUGGAACGACUCACAGCCGCAGUGUGUUGCUGUAAGCUGCCCUACCCUCCAGCAGCCACAGGAUGGCGCUAUCAGCUGUGGAGAAGACUUCAACUAUGGAAGUAGCUGUAACUUUAGCUGCUCUGAGGGUUAUCUCCUCAAGGGGGCGAUCACGGUGUCCUGCACAUCAGCUGCUGAGUGGAGUGAGGAGAUACCACACUGUGAAGUGGUCUUAUGCAGUGAGCUGUAUGAACCUGGGAAGGGAUCCAUGGCCUGCUCCCAUCCCCUGGGCUCCUACUACCUGUCCACCUGUAGCUUUACCUGUGAGGAGGGCUAUGAGAGGCUGGCCUCCAGCUCUGCUACCCUGCAGUGUGGAGCCUCGGGACAGUGGAACGACUCACAGCCGCAGUGUGUUGCUGUAAGCUGCCCUACCCUCCAGCAGCCACAGGAUGGCGCUAUCAGCUGUGGAGAAGACUUCACCUAUGGCAGCUGUAACUUUAGCUGCUCUGAGGGUUAUCUCCUCAAGGCGAUCACGGUGACCUGCACAUCAGCUGCUGAGUGGAGUGAGGAGAUACCACACUGUGAAGCCACACCUGAGCCUCCAUUGYACCCCACUAUCCUAGGCCUGGCAGCAGGGGGCGCUGUGUCAUUAUCUGGCCUGUCUCUGGCRGCAUGGCUCCUCAAACGAAUCAGACAGAAAGUGCCCCCUAGCUGCAUCUCCCCCGCCCCCUACCGCCACCACCCCACCAGCGACCUCACCACCCCUCACCGCACACUCCUCAGCCGACCCCGGCCGCACACACACCCGCCCCCCACUGGUCACGUCAACACAACUCUCCUCCCCCACCCUCCCUCCCCCAUUCCGCCCGACCUCUAUUCCGCGCGCCCUCACCCCUGCUCUCUUCCCGGUGCGGCUCCCUGGCCCGCCCACGGGUCCGCGGCCACCCUGCUUGAGAUCAUGAACUGGACCAUGGCAAGAGAGUGGUGUCGGAUUAACAACCACACAGACAUGGUAGUCAUCCAAAACCAGGAAGAGAAUAAUUACCUACGCAACGUCUUGCCUGAUAAAACUGGGUCUCCGUAUUACUGGAUCGGAAUCAAGAAGAUCAAUGGAAACUGGACAUGGGUCGGAACUAACGGAACGUGGGUUGGGAAUUAUUCCUGGGCACCCAACGAGCCCAAUAACAAACUGGGUGAGGAGUGUGUUGAGAUGUACGUCAACAAAGGGAACAGCGAGAAUAACGGGAAGUGGAACGAUGAUAAGUGCUCAAAUCUCAAAUACCCGCUAUGCUACAGAGGCCAUGUGCUGGCUUCUCCCCCAGGCCAUGUGCUGGCUCCUCCCCCAGGCCUUGUGCUGGCUCCUCCCCCAGGCCAUGUGCUGGCUUCUCCCGCCCAGGCCAUGUGCUGGCUUCUCCCCCAGGCCUAUGGGGUGCCCCCCUUGGGCUCCCUCCCCCAGGCCAUGUGCUGGCUCCUCCCCCAGGCUGUGCUGGUUUCUCCCCCAGGCCAUGUGCUGGCUUCUCAUUCUCACCCAGGCCAUGUGCUGGCUUCUCAUUCUCACCCAGGCCAUGUGCUGGCUUCUCACCCAGACCAUGUGCUGGCUUCUCACCCAGACCAUGUGCUGGCUUCUCACCCAGACCAUGUGCUGGCUUCUCCCCAGGCAUGUGCUGGCUUCUCACCCAGCGCAUGUGCUGGCUUCUCACCAGGCCAUGUGCUGCCUUCUCACCCAGACCAUGGUGCUGGCUUCUCACCAGCCAGUGCUGGCUUCUCACCAGGCCAUGUGCUGGCUUCUUCUUCCCACACCAGCGCUGUGCUGGCUUCUCAUUCUCCCCAAGGCCAUGUGCUGGCUUCUCAUCUCCCCAGGCCAUGUGCUGGCUUCUCACCCAGGCCAUGUGCUGGCUUCUCAACCCAGCAUGUGCUGGCUUCUCAUUCUCACCCAGACCAUGUGCUGGCUUCUCACCCAGACCAUGUGCUGGCUUCUCACCCAGACCAUGUGCUGGCACGACACGGAAAACAGCACAUUUUAUUAGUKUCCCCAAAUCUUGAGGAAGAGAUGCUUCCGUGGUCCAACUAUCUCAGACAGAGCCUAUAUAAUAGGUUGCUGGUGAUUCUAUUGAUGACAAUCUACCAUGACUUAACAGGUGAGACAGGAGGUGUCCAGGCCUGGACAUACAACUACAGCGUCAACCAGAAUCUGGACUGGGAUUCGGCCCGCCAGUGGUGCAGGCAGCACUACACGGACAUGGUGGCCAUCCAGAACCAGAAGGAGAUCGUCUAUCUCAACACCAUGCUCCCUAGGAACUCACAAUACUACUGGAUUGGCCUCCGCAAGGUGAAUGAGAUGUGGACCUGGAUGGGGACUAACAAGACCCUGACCAAAGAGGCGGAGAACUGGGCCACCGGGGAGCCCAACAACGUAGGGGACGGACAGGACUGCGUGGAGAUAUACAUUAAAAGAGGAAUUGAUGCAGCCAAGUGGAACGAUGAGAGAUGCACAAAGAAGAAGGGAGCCCUCUGCUACACAGCGUCUUGCUCAGAGCAUUGCUGCAGCACCCAUGCAGAGUGUUUAGAGAACAUAGGGAACUACACCUGCCAGUGUGACCCUGGCUUCAAGGGCCCCCGGUGCCAGCAAGCUGUAGCGUGUGACACUGUGUCGGACCCAGAGCAGGGUUCAGUGAACUGUGACCAUCCACAUGGGCUGUUUGCCUUCAACUCAUCUUGCCAGUUCCAAUGUGCCCGAGGAUACCAGCUGCUGGGGGCAUCACAACUGCUCUGCCAGGCCACGGGGUUCUGGGACCACCCUGCCGCUCAGUGCCAAGUCAAACAGUGUCCAUCGRUGGACAGUGGUCCUCAUAGAGGGACUAUGAACUGCAGUAACCCCAUCGCCCUGCACAGUUAUAACUCCACCUGUGAAUUCAGCUGUGAUUUGGGGUUUGACCUAAUAGGACCAGACAGGAUUCAGUGUGACCACACAGGACAGUGGACAGCCAACGUCUCUACCUGCACAGUGGUGAGGUGUGGCCCCCUGUCKCCUCCUGCCAUGGGGAACAUGUCCUGUGUGGACCCCCUGGGGGCCUCCUCCUUCACCUCCUCCUGUGGGUUCUCCUGUGAGGAGGGCUACCUGCUGAGAGGAGACACCAACCUCACCUGUUUAUCUACUGGACAAUGGACCAACCACACACCUGCAUGUGAACGUGAGCUAUACCAAGACAACUGGUCCAGUGAGAGAACCAUUGCCCGACUGCCAUCUCCACCACCCACUCCAACCUCAACUCAACCCACCAACUCGGGACCCUUCAUGAACUGCUCACACUCCCUCGGGGAGUUUAGCUUCAGCUCUCUGUGCCUCUUCACCCAGCAAAGGCUACUAUCUGAACGGAACAGAAGAGCUGUCCUGCACCUCAGAGGACAAUGGAGUGACCUGUGGCCCUCUUGCCAAAGAAACAUCACCUCUGUCCAAGAGUCCUCUAGGAUGUUGGCCUAUGCAGUGGUGGGAGCUGCCUCUGCUGCUGGGCUGUUACUACUGCUGGGACUGGGCAUGCUGGUCGCAAAGAAGCUCAGCAAGAAAGGUGACUUCAACUUUGACAACUCGUUAUGGGAGGAAAGAGAGAACCCUGCUUUUGAGAUUUCUUAAAAAAGAAUGUGCUUAAUGACAUUGUAACUGUAAAACAAGGUUUUGCAUAACGAGUUGGAUAUUGAAUUAAACAAGUUAAUAGUUUUCAAUGUAUUUAAAGCCAUCACUGUUCCUUUUAUACAWUUUUUUCUACACUUAUUUUUGUGUAUAGGCUGUUAAAGCUAAAAUAUGUAACUUUUGGGRGACCCGACCAGAUUCACAUAGAAAUGUGAGUUAUAGAUAUGUAAUUAUUGAAAAUAAGCCUAAGAAGCGGUAUAUCUGUUCUAUGUAUACUAUUUCUAUGCCUCCCAUUCUUAAGUUU